AUGCCUGGGCGCCUCCGAGUCCGGAGGCCCUCUCCAACCACUGUCUCCUUCGCCGUCUCCGAUGCGCCCAGCCGCUCCAAUUCCUCCGCCAAAAUCCUCUUCGCCCUCCAGAUCCUGCUCCGCAGCUUGGUAUUCUGCUGCGCCAUCUUUGCGGCCAUCGCACGGUUUCGACACUCGUAUUUCACGGGGAAUGAGUCCAUCAUCCACUGGGAGGACGUGUGGUCAAGCCCGCUGGGCGUGAAGGUGUGUCGUUGGGUGGACCCCUACAACCCGUGGGCGGUUGCUGCGAGCAGCGCAUUGGUGAUCUACGGGGUGUUCAGGAAAGGCUAUACUGAGGAAUCCCUCCUUGUCAUCCGCGGCUUUGGGAUUCAGACUUCUACCUCGUCCUCCACGUAUCUAUCGACCGCCGCGACGAGGUUCAUCCCAACCGCCCAGAUUCAGGAUAUUGUGAUUCAUGAAGCCUUCAGGGGGUUUGAAGUGCGGUUUUACUUGGCUGUUAUUGUGGAGGGCGAGCCGGAGGUUGUGGUGGUCUUCCCAGUGAGCUCCCUGGUCUUCUGUUAUCGGGUUAUGCGCUGGGCUAAUCUUUCCUUAGACACUGUUACCCAGGCGAAAGAUACUCGAGGAAGUGUGGAGAGGUUCUCGUCAUUGCCUGUACGAUGCAAAGUCAUGAACCAUCAAGGGAACAGAGUCAACAUGCCCAGGGAGGCGGACACCGUCAUCCUCCGGGGUUACCUUCCUCGGUCAUGCCGAUUGACAUCUAUGAAGCUUCUGGAACCACAGGGCCGUACAUGGUGA